UCUUCUUCUUCUUCUUCUUCUUCCCCACCCUCCCCGACACCCAAAGCGUCGCUAAACCCCUACCCCCUUCUCUCUCUCUCGCGCUCCCUCUCCUUCCUCGCGCGAAACCCUAGUUUCCUCCUAAUCUCCGCAAGAAGGGAUCGGGAACAGGAGCAGUGGAGGUGAUGAGGCCGCCCCCUGUGGUGGUCGUGCUCCUCCUCCUCCUCUUCGCCGCGGCGGCGGCGGCGGGGAUUGAGGGGUUUCCGAAGAGGAUGAGGUUGGAGAGGGCCUUGCCCCGCCAUGGAGUCGCGUUGGAGCACCUCAAGGCGCGGGAUAGGGCUCGCCAUAGCCGGAUGCUCCUCGGCUCGUCGUCGCCCUCCGUCGAAGGGGUCGUCGAUUUCCCCGUCGAGGGCUCCGCGAAUCCCUUCACCGUUGGGCUUUACUUCACGCGCGUGCAAUUGGGGAAUCCGCCGAAGGAAUUCUACGUUCAGAUCGACACCGGAAGCGAUAUUUUGUGGGUGGCUUGCAAUCCCUGUAAUGGAUGCCCCACAUCCAGCGGAUUAAAUAUUCAACUAGAGUUUUUUGACCCCGACAAGUCAUCUACUUCAUCGAAGAUCGCUUGCUCAGAUAAUCGGUGCACAUCUGCCCUCCAGUCCGGCGAGGCGAUCUGCUCCACUUCCGGCUCAUCAAGCUCUCCGUGUGAUUAUUCUUUCCAGUAUGGUGAUGGAAGUGGAACUUCUGGGUACUAUGUAUCUGAUACGAUGUACUUCGACACUAUUAUGGGGAAUGAGCAGACUGCCAACUCUUCAGCUACGGUUGUUUUUGGAUGUAGCAACUCACAGUCAGGAGACCUAACCAAGCCAGAUAGGGCAGUUGAUGGGAUUUUUGGGUUUGGACAGCAUGACUUGUCUGUCAUUUCACAAUUGAACUCUUUAGGGGUGGCUCCUAAGGUGUUUUCUCAUUGCUUAAAAGGUUCAGAUAAUGGUGGAGGCAUACUUGUUCUCGGUGAGAUUGUAGAACCGGGAAUAGUCUACACCCCACUCGUACAAUCACAGCCUCAUUACAACUUGAAUCUUGAGAGUAUUGCUGUCAAUGGUCAAACACUGUCUAUUGAUUCCUCACUGUUUGCGACAUCAAACACACAAGGAACCAUUGUUGAUUCUGGGACGACUCUGGCUUACCUUGCAGAUCAAGCAUAUGAUCCUUUUGUUAAUGCUAUAACAUCUUCUCUCUCAUCGUCAGUACAUUCCUUUAUUGUAAAAGGGAACCAAUGUUUUCUUACAUCCAACAGUGUUGAUUCAUCAUUUCCAACUGUUUCAUUGAAUUUUAUGGGGGGAGCAACCUUGUUAUUAAAGCCGGAGGACUAUCUUUUGCAGCAGGGUUCUGUCGAUAAUUCUAUUAUAUGGUGCAUUGGCUGGCAAAAGAACCAGGGCCAAGAAAUCACAAUAUUAGGAGAUCUUGUUUUAAAGGACAAAAUUUUCGUUUACGACUUGGCUAAUCAGCGUGUUGGCUGGGUGGAUUAUGACUGUUCCAUGUCUGUUAAUGUUACUACAUCAUCUGGAAAGAAUCAGUAUCUAAAUGCCGGGCAAUUGGAUGUAAGUGCCUCACCAAACACCGCAUUUUAUGGGAUAAUGCCCGCUGGAAUUGUAAUUUUCCUUGUGCAUAUUUUUGUUCUGGCCAUCUCACAGAGAUAGCAACAUACGCACACGCACACGCACACUUAUGUUAUUCAUUCUUUAUUGAUGUAUUCGGACAUCAAUGACUCGAUUACUCACACCAAUUGCUAUAUCAUUCUUAUGUAAAUUCUUUAUACCACAAUGUAUGUAAUGAUUAAUUGCAUUCACAUUUUUCGCCGUUCUA